GCAGCAAGUAUGGUUGUCAAGAAUAGCAAAGUGUCAAAACGUUGUCGUGUGUCACGUUGGCUGGGUUAUAAACACGUUUACCUGAGCUUGCGGUUACCGGCAUGGACAAUAUCAGGGACGGUUGGUUUAAAGAGACGUGCACAUUAUGGCCUGGCCAAGCAACUAGUCUCGAAGUUGACGAGAUCCUCUACCACAAGAAAUCCAAGUUUCAAGACGUGUUGGUGUUCAAGAGUAAAACGUACGGUAACGUGUUGGUUUUGGAUGGAGUGAUCCAGUGCACGGAGAGGGACGAGUUCGCUUACCAGGAGAUGAUUGCAAAUCUUCCCCUGUACAGCCACCCUUGUCCCAAGAAGGUUCUCAUUAUUGGUGGUGGUGAUGGUGGUGUGCUGAGAGAAGUGGUGAAGAAUCCUCAGGUGGAGUCAGUUGUUCUCUGCGAGAUCGACGAGGAUGUCAUUGACGUCUCAAAGAAAUUCCUCCCAGGCAUGGCCAAAGGUUUCUUCAGUCCCAAACUCACUCUACAUGUAGGAGAUGGCUUUGAGUUCAUGAAGCAAAACCAAGAUGCCUUUGACGUCAUUAUUACUGAUUCAUCGGACCCUGUUGGCCCUGCUGAGAGUUUAUUCAAGGAAAGUUACUAUCAACUGAUGAAGACGGCAUUGACAAACGGCGGGAUUCUCUGCUCCCAGGGAGAGUGUCAAUGGCUGCAUUUGGAUCUGAUAAAAGAAAUGCAAACCUUCUGCAAAAGCUUAUUCCCAGUAGUGGACUAUGCCUACGGCACAAUCCCAACUUAUCCCAGUGGCCAAAUUGGAUUCAUGCUCUGCAGCAAGAACCCCGAAACACAUUUCCAAAAGCCGGUGAAAGAACUGUCAAAAGGAGAACUGGAAAGCAUGAACCUGAAAUAUUAUAACACGGAGAUUCACAAAGCAGCAUUCGUGCUUCCUGAGUUUGCGAGAAAGGUACUCAAAGAAGCUUGAUUGGCCACAGCAGAACAGCGUUUUCAUCCUCUACCAGCUCCUCUGAACAAGUACAUACAGCUCCUCCUCAGAUCCAUUUAGAUCACCUCAAUACAAUAGCCUCCUUAACAUAUCAAAGUUUAUUCGUGGGGUAGGUGCAAUUGCUGUUUCUUUGUCCUUCCAGUCCUACACAACAUCGGUUUAUUUCCUGAUGUUGUCCGUUUAUGUUCAUUCUGAACUCGUCUCAUGAGCACUGAUGAUGACGCCAUCCAACCCUGACCUCAUGCUGAAGGACGUAAUCUUCAAAUUGCAUCCGUGCGCAGUUCUUGCGCAAUGUAUUACAUGCUAUUAUUGCUGCACUUUUAUGUUCUGUCUAUAGGAAUGUCAGUGCAUGCCGUCUGCAUACAUUGAGAAAACAAACGCAUCCUCAUGUUUUUAGAAGCCAAUGUACCUCUAUGAUCUCUUUGUUGAAUUUGGAUAAGUAUGCAUCAACAGCCAGGUAGAAAAUUCUCACUUAAAAAUCCAACAACUGCUUGAUGCUGUGCUUUGGUAUGGAUGAUAAGCUUCACAUGUAAAAGACAAGCUACAACAGUUGAUAAAAUGCUAAAUAAUUAUGCAAUUACUAGGACUUUGACUAAUGGGAGGAAGCUUGUACUAUUAAGCCUUAAUGUGGAGCUCCACUAUAUUUCAGAGCAGUGUUUUGGCCAACAUCUGAAACCAAUUGCUGUAAGUCUUUUUUUUUUUUUUUUUUUUUUUUUUUUAAAUAAAACUUUUGUACUGUAUUAAAUCUGUUAACACACAGGUAAUUAUGAAUUUGAAAUGGACACUAUUGAGUAAUUCUGGCUUUGCAGCUCGAUCUAGUAUUUACAGUGCAAAGGUCUGACAAGUCCUUUCAUAGAAAUUAUUCCCAAACAUUGAGCUAUCAUCAUGCAUGGGCAACUAUUCAAUUUCAAUUAAAUGCUCUAUCAUUAUUCUUAUGUACAACUCUUGGUCUGUUUUCCAGCGACAUAGUGACAGGUGGAACUAUGAAAUGCUUUUCCACUAGAUGGAACAUUAACAGAUGUGUGGUUUGGACCAGUUGGCAUUUACGAUAAAUCCAACUAAAUGUUAAACAAGCCAGAAUCAACAAUAUAUACUAUGGGACAAUAUUAUUUUUAGUGCAUAAAUACUUAUUAUAAUGUUUUUAACAUACAUUGGCUGUAAGUUGGUAUGUUUGAUUUGAAGGGUGUGCCUUUCUUCUUAGUCUGAGACGAAAUCACAGUUAAAUCAGCUAGGCAGUGGUUGCAGUUCUCAGAAGCGUUUUGACUAAACAAAAACAAACAAAUAAAGGGAGGAAAUGAUCGCGUGGCUGCAGUCUGUGUUGAACUUCCACGUUCUAGACGCCAGAUGGCAGCCGUUAAUUUGAUGUUGGGUGAGCAUAACAUUGAGGCACACCGGGUGAUCAUAGAUUUAUGUCCGUGCCACGAGUAAACCUGAUGUGAUUAUUCUAUUGUGGAAAUGCAUGUAUGUCUAGCCACACCAGUAUUUUUUGUUUGGUUUAUUUAGAUAUCAACUUAUCGCCCAAUUUUGCAUUAGUUAAUGAGUGUACGCUUUAACUCUUAAAUUGUAAUAACGGAUGGUCUUAGUCACUUGACAGUUUGUUAGAGGACCUUAUAUUCUAUUUUUUAGUUGGUUUCGUUUAUAGAAAAAGUUUGAAAAGAAAGAUUGAGACAAGUGGAUAGAAAAUGUGUGUCCUAUUCAAUAAAGCAACAUCAGGGCUGCUUUAACAAUUUUUAAUACGACCCUUAAAAAUUGCCAUUUUGCCCCCCCCCCCCC